GGACAGCGCUCAGCAUCGCGUCUGUCCUCUUUGUCAUGCUGAACUCUGAGGACUGAGCACGCAUCCUCCUCCUCCUGAAACUUCAUCAAUGGGACACUAAAUAAAGCUAUUCGCUUCACAAGAUCUUAGAUGAUGGACUGGAGUUGUGUGGAUUACUUGUGGGCGAUUGUGAUGAUUUACCAGCUGUUUGGACUCUCAUUCUGACGGCACCCAUUCACUGUAGAGGAUCCAUUGGGUUCACUCUUUGUCUGGGUAAAUCUUUUUUCCAUUUCAACUACCCAGAGGAGGCUAAUCACAUGAACAACAUGCUGCCAGAAAAGACUGCAGGACCCACACUGUCCGUCAGUACGGAUGCAACAAAGUUUCAUUCAAAUGGCAGUACAUUGGUUGGAUCCAGCAUUCGUGGCACACGCUCCAAGGCGGAGCUUCAGGAGUUGAUGGAGAGCUUGCAGCGCAGGAAGUCCGCUCUGGAGGCCAGCUUAAAGGCUACUGCAGAUCGUGGUUACCUCACCUUGUCCCCACCUCCCAGUCCCCAGUCGGCAUCAUCCUAUCUACAGGACCGUCCACCCCUUUCUAUACGAGUCCCUUCUCCUUAUACACCCUCCAGCAGCUUGAGCAUGCCACCAUCACCUCAUCACUCAGAGCGGCCCAUAAGUCCAGUCCCAACCCACACUCGCGCCCGACACCAAUCGCAGGACAACUUGUUGCUUUGCCUCCCUUCGGAAGGGCGACAUCCUAACACUGCCAACUCGCUUCUUUCUAUGUGGAAUGGCUCUUCUUCAUCUUACAUGACCGAUGCUCAUCUUUCAUCUCGCCGUGGUCCAAGCGGGGCAGCCAGCAUGCCCUCCAGUCCUCGCUUGGGGCGCAGGCUGAUAGCAAGGGAUGGGGAGUCCACCGUUGACCCAUCGCUUCGCCAAAGGAAAUACUCCACUGGCUCUCUAAAUGGCCUGGGAGGACAUAGUCUCUCUCUGCCCAGGUUGUUUCGAGGAGAUGCCCCGGUGCUUUCUUUGCCACCCCGACGCACCACCAAACCACGCCGCAGCCUUCAAUACUUGGAGAAGCCUCCAGAUGUGACUGUGACAGCCAACAUGACUAGCAGUUCUCGCCGGGCCAGCCUCUGUUCCGUAGGUUCUGCCCCAUGUUUGGAUCUAGGAGUAGGAGAAAGGCGGCUGUCGUUUGGUAAAGGUGGCCUGGGGCCUGGCAUGGGGCCAAGGAGAGGCAGUAUCAGUUCUCUCAGUGGAAAAGAAGAACUCAGAGAUUAUCAUCAGAGACAAAGAGAUGAGAGACUACGAGAACAGGAAGUGGAAAGAUUGGAACGUCAGCGUCUCGAGACUAUCCUGUGCCUGUGCUCUGAGCUGGGCCGGUCUGAACUGUGCCGGAUGGAGACCAACUCGGGUGUCUCAGCUGUAUCGGACCUACAGAAGAUCAACCGAGAGCUGGAGAAGCUGCAGGUGUCUGAUGAUGAAUCAGUGUUCUCAGACUCUGCAGCAGUGUCUCUGGACAGCGGGUUUCUGGGUAAGGGUCGUGGAGAGAUCCUGACCCAGAGACAGCGCAGACUCAGUGGACACAGGGAGACCAGGCCCCAGUCACCCACCACCAGCCUGCGGAGCUCAGUACCUUCACCCUCUCCACACCUCCGCAGCAAGCAGCUGUCUGAAGACAUGCAGCUGAGACAGGAAGUGACACGUAUUGAAGAGGAGAGGAUUCAGGUGCUUAACAACAUCGAGGAACUUGAACAGAAGAUCAGAGAUCUAGACACACAGAUGGACGAGUCUAUCAGAGAGAUGGAGGUGGAGAGAGCUCUUUUAGACGGGGAGCAGGAGGCAGAAGUGGCUCAGCUGCAGAGCGAUAAAGAAAUGCUGGAGCAGCUCAACGAAAAAAUGGCCAACAUGGAGAAAAAUGCUAAAAAAAAUCAAACUCAGGACAAAGCCCUGUUGGAGGCAGAGAGAGUUAAAGUAGAGAGGCUAGCUGAGCUGAUCUCAGAGCAGAAGACCCAGUUGGACACCUGUCCUGAAGCACUGAAGGAGCAGCUCCAGAAUCAGCUAUCCAGGGACACGGAAGCUUUGGAAGCAGAAACGAAGCGUUUUGAAGAUCUGGAGUUUCAGCAGCUGGAAAAAGAGAGCCGUCAAGAUGAAGAGAAGGAGACACAGACGCAGCAACUCCUCAGAGAGAUUGCAGAAUAUCAGAGAUCUGUUGUCACUCGCAAGGAGCGGCUACUAACCCUGAAGAAGCAGUCGACCCAGAUUACCCAGCAGGCACAGCGGGAAAAGGAGAACUUUUUUAAGGAGAAGAGCAACCUCAUUUAUAUGCUCCAAAGGGAACGGGAAAACCUUGCAUCUCUGGAAAGGAAGUACUCUGAACUGACAGGUGGUCAAGCCUUUUCUCUCAACCCUGUGUCCAUGAAGGAGCACUUUCGCACUCUGGAGGAGAGGAGGCGGAGCAAUGGCAGUAAAGAGGGCGGAGUUCUGCUGAGUGACGGCGGAAUGUCCCGUAAAAGAGAGAGGCUGAGCUCCGGAACCUUAAACUCUCCCCUUAAUCACAGUCUGUCUCCCAAGGUCAGACAACAGAUACGGCACAUAGGAAAACCCCAUAUGCCACUGUCUCAAAGCUCUAGCUGUGGAAGUGUACUCCCCCGCACUCUGUCUGUCACCUCCCGUGACCUGGACACCCGCCGCCUGCUCAAGGUAGGCCAGCUGUUUUUGAACGACGAGAGGCAGAGAAUGAGUGAGAUGUCAAAUAGGACAGUUUCAGAGACCAACGUCUUUCUGGAGCCAUUCCACUACAUGGAUAAUGGACACAACUUUGACACAAUGAGUGUUGACAGUACCGAAAGCCUAGAGACCAGCAUUUCGGCCUGUUCACCGGACAACAUCUCAAGCGCCAGCACAGCUAAUAUGGCGAAGAUAGAGGAGAUGGAGCGCAUGCUAAGAGAAGCUCAAGCUGAGAAGAACAGGCUGCUGGAGCACAGGGAGCGAGAGAUGGAGUUGCGCAGGCAGGCUCUUGAAGAUGAGAGGAGAAGGAGGGAGGAAUUGGAGAGGAGACUGCAGGAAGAGACAAACCGACGACAGAAACUAGUGGAGAGAGAGUCUCGUCCUUUGACACGAUACCUCCCGGUGAGAAAGGAUGACUUUGACCUGAGAGGUCACAUCGAGGCAGCGGGUCACCAUCCUGAAACUUGUUUUCACCUGGCCAUCACAGAGAAGACCUGCAGGGGGUUCUUGGUCAAAAUGGGUGGGAAAAUCAAAACCUGGAAGAAGCGCUGGUUCGUCUUUGACCGCAAUCGAAGGACGCUAGCAUAUUAUUCUGAUAAACAUGAGACCAAAAUGAAGGGUGUUAUCUACUUCCAAGCUAUUGAGGAAGUGUAUUACGACCACCUAAAGAACGCACACAAGAGCCCAAACCCCUCUCUGACGUUUAGCGUGAAGACACAUGACCGGGUUUAUUACAUGGUGGCUCCUUCCCCAGAGGCCAUGAGAAUCUGGAUGGAUGUUAUCGUCACGGGAUCGGAGGGAUGUACGCAUUUCCUGGUGUGACAUUUAACAAGCCCAAAGUGACCUUCGCACUUCAGCUCGGCCUGCUGAAAGGGUCCUCAUUUCUGAAGAGGGUACAUUUCUUUGAUUCUCUUUUAUUAGUAGUGAGGGUGGCGUGAGUGUCGACUGUACGUUUUACAGACAUCCAUGACCUAGUUUGGAAAAACUGGUGCUUUACCCACUGCGUCCUGUCUUGAGUUUACAGAGGCAGCUUUAAGACUUCAGAGGUAUCAACUCUUGAAUUUUUCAUCCUGUUUUUUUUUUCAGUUCCGGGGUGAGACUUAGAACAGCUGUAAAUAUGAAAUCACUCACCAUUUUUACAAAUGUGCCAACUUAUAAUGAAGCUGGAUAUACCUCAAAGAUUAACCAAACACCAAAAGCAAACUGUUCCUGGAGUGCUAUACAGACAUCAGGGUAUCGUUCAGUACUUUUUUUUUUUUUUUAAAUGACCCUUGUAUCUCUGUACACUUUGUAUUAUUCCCUCAUUUACCAAGUGCCUUACAUUACAUCUGAUGAGAAUAACUAUAUAUUUAGCUAUAAGAACAGACUGUGGUUAUUAUAAGUGUUAUUUUGUAUCGACCAAUUGUGCCUCCCUGAUGCUCAGGAACUUUCCAGAAGGAAGAAUUUAGCACCAAAGACGAGCUGAAUUUGUGUUUCAGCAUGAUAUGAAUGUAGUAACUUGACACCAAUCACUUAAGGUGCCAUCUUUAAUAGACAAGGCUCUUGAUGAUUUAGCACAAAUGCAUAUUUUCAUAAGAUUUUAGAUUAGAAUCAUUGAUUUCUUGAUUGUGUGUUGUACUGCAAUUGACCAGCAGAGGGUUUUAUCUUUCAAUGAUAUUGAAAUGAUUACAGAAUUUAUUCACUGCAACAAUUUCAUUUGACCCUUAAGUUGAAAUUUGAGAUGUUAAAAGUUUAGUUUUAUUCCCGCUGAACAAAUCUAUAUGCAUGUCUGAACUUUUUGAUGUCAUUUUUGUUAUGUAAGAAUCGUUAUAUUUUCAUUUAUAAUAAUAAUAAUACAGUAAUUAUAUGAAUAUUGAUGUCAGGAUGUCAAAAAAAUGAACACAGGUGCUAUCUGACAGCAAAACGUUGUCUAGUUCAGUGGUUCUCAAGCAGUGUUGGGCUAGUUACUCAAAAAAAUUCAUAUUGCUCAUUACUAGUAACUCCUUUCAAAAGAAAUAUUAUUACAUUAGCAGGUAGAACCAACCAAACACUUUGAGAUUCGCAGUAGACAAAGUCAAAGCACUACUACACAAUUUACAUGUAACAUUAAUGUUUGUUUCUAUUCUUACUCCCUUCAAAAUGAUAAUAAUGGCUAUAUGAUGUGGGCUUCUCUAUCUUCUGACAAAGCUAGCUUGCUGCAUUGGUGACAUCACAUGCACACACGCAAGACAAUGAUUAUUAAAAUUAACAGGGUUGAUUGAAUUUUUGAAUUUCAAAUCAUUCGAUUGUGACAAAAGUAACUAGCUAUUGUAACUAGUAACUAGCCAUUUUUUGGAUGGUAACUGUAAUAUUAUUACUUAAAUUUUAUUAGUAAUUAGUUACACUAAUAGUUACUAGUAAAAGUAUUAUUACUGCAAUGUGUUACUAGUAACUAGUUACUGCCCAACACUGUUCUCAAGUGCUUUUGCUUCAGGAACCAGAUUUUCAGACACGCAGAUUUUGACGUCAAUAACAUGAUAUGGGAUGUGUUUUUUCAUAAACUUUUUUAUUUUACCAUCCAAAUGAUGUACUGUUUUAAGGGUAAUUGCAAAUAAUUUGCAUUGCUUUUCCCAUGCCUUCAUACCAGUUAAGAACCACUGAUCUUUGAAGACCAAAUUGUCUUCAUCAUUCUUGUUUUCAUUUAGUCUCAUUUAAAUCACGGCAUCGUUUCUGGCAAACACUUACAUUUUCGCCAACAAUUUAGGCUGUGAAAUGAAUUACUUUUAGUUUGCCAGCCAGUAGAUCAAUGCUGAUGUGCACUUUGCGACUAAACCAUUUUUAGCUAUUCUUUUUCCGAUUUCAUUCAGUAAACAAAACAGUACACUACAGGAUAAGCACAGCAAAGCAUUAUAUAGAUCAAAGUACUUAUUUAAAAUAUAUCUUUUAUAUUUUGUGUUUAUCAGUAUUUUCUUAAAACCAUUCAGUGUUUUUUAAAUAAAAGCAAUAUUCUUAUUGUAAGCAUGUUUUGAGAUCAUUAAAAAUGUGAACCAUAAUAAAAUCAUAUGUAUGAGUAAA